CAAGCACCAGAAUGGAAAACAAAACCAUAACCAUAGCUGAAAUAUUAGCUAAACCAAGAAAUCGUCAACAGGUUAAUAUCAAAGUCAAAAUUCAAGACAUCCGAGACAACACCACCCGUUGGCUUCAACACGAAUGCCGGGAGAUACAGAUGUCUACCUACUCCGUCGCCGACAGCACUGCCAGUAUCCUGCUAACUACGUGGAACAACAUGGACCUCAGUAUAAACAGCUGGUACACCCUCUCACCUGUCACUGUUAAGGACUAUAACAACACCAUCACUGUCAGCACAUCACCAUCCACCACAGCAGAGACCAUCAAUCGACCCCCCAGACAUGGUGUAGCUGCACCAGUAAUGGACAACUCAGAAGAAGUCACUGGACUCAUCAUUGGAGCCAUGACUACAUCAACCAUCACCUGUCCCAAAAGGCACCCUCUUCCCAACUUUCCUCCUGGUGCACCUUUCCACAUGUGCCCUACAUGUAACCAACAUUAUAUUACACCAAAGCUCCGGCACCAAUGGAAUGUUACCCUCACAUUGGCGCUAAAUGACACCACUACAAGAGAAUUGAAGAUGGAUCAUACAGUCGUCCUAAACACGGCACCGAAGCACAUCUACCUGGACACAGACCCAAUCACAGUCACUGCACAUUUCCUGUCCAUAGGCUUAGUAACUGUGCAUGUCAAAGAUGAUGCUGUUUCAACACUACACCCCUGCACAGCUUCUGCAUCUGUUCAAGAAGAUACAGACAUCGCUGAUGAGACCCUCUUGACUUUUUUGGAUGAAACGCCUUCUACCAGUGACGUGUAA